AUGAAUGAAAAUAUUGUGCAAAUUGCCAGAGUGUAUGCUCAUAACAUGAAGUACAUCCUGACCUUGGUGGAUCAACUUUUCUCUUUUCUCCUCAGUAUUCUACAGAAUCAGACCUCUGAGGCCACCUUCAUCCUCGUGGGCUUCUCAGAAUUCCCUGACCUCCAGCUGCCCCUGUUCCUUCUGUUCCUGAUCAUCUAUGCAGUUACUGUGCUGGGGAACCUGGGCAUGAUUACCAUCAUCAGAGUCAAUCCCAAGCUCCACACCCCCAUGUACUUCUUCCUUAGUCACUUGUCCUUGGUUGAUUUUUGCUACUCUACUGUGGUAACUCCCAAACUAUUGGAAAACUUGGUUGUGGAAGACAGAACCAUCUCCUUCGCGGGCUGUGUCAUGCAAUUCUUUUUUGCAUGCAUAUUUGUGGUGACAGAAACGUUCAUGCUGGCAGUGAUGGCUUAUGACAGGUUUGUAGCUGUGUGCAACCCUCUCCUCUACACUGCUGUGAUGUCUCCGAAGCUCUGCUGGUCAUUGGUAUCUGUGUCCUACACCUGGGGAAUAAUCUGUUCCUUCAUAUUCAUAUACUUUUUGUUGACUUUAUUCUUUUGUGGGACAAAGUUCAUAAAUAACUUUGUCUGUGAACAUUCUGCCAUUGUUGCUGUGUCCUGCUCUGAUCCCUACCUUAGUCAGAAAAUCCUUUACAUUUUUGCCACCUUUAAUGAAAUAAGCAGUCUGGUGAUCAUUCUCACCUCCUAUAUUUUCAUUUUUAUAACUGUCAUGAAAAUACCAGCCACCGGAGGGCGCUACAAAGUCUUCUCUACCUGUGCCUCCCAUCUCAUGGCCAUCUCCAUUUUCCAUGGCACUAUCCUCUUUCUCUACUGUGUUCCCACCACCAAAAGUUCAUGGCUUCUGGUCAAGGUGGCCUCUGUCUUCUACACAGUUGUCAUCCCCAUGCUGAACCCAAUGAUCUACAGCCUCAGGAACAAGGAUGUGAAGGAGACAGUUAGGAAGCUCAUCAGCUCACAGUUUUCAUCAUAA